AUGGUGUAUGGAGCAUCCGCUCGUCAAGGCAAGCGCGGCGCUGUGGGAAAGGCUAAGCAUGGACGUGGUACAACUGGUACAGGAACUCCUUUAAAUCGACGUAAAAAGUCAAAGCUCGUGGUGACGUUUGAUCCGGAGAAGCGCAAGGAAUAUUUAACGGGAUUUCACAAGCGCAAGCAAGAACGACGUCGUUUUGGUUUGGAUAUGGAAGCGUAUAAGGUUAAAAAACGUCAAUUGGAGGCCAAGAAACAGCGACGAGAAGAACAAAAGGAAAAAAUGGCGGCCUUGAAUUUACUGGACGACGAGAGGAAAAAUAAAGGGGGGGAAGAAGAAGAAGAAGAAGAAGAAGAAGAAGAAGAAGAAGAAGAAGAAGAAGAAGAAGAAGAAGAAGAAGAAGAAGAAGAAGAAGAAAUGAGUGAUUUUGAUACUUUUAAGAACAAGGUCACGCCUGUUAUAAGUAAAGACAAGGUCGUGACUAAGGUGAUGACCUUUAACGACGACUUUACACAGGGAAAAUUUGGUGACGUGGUGACAGUAACGACAUCUGUGGGCGACCUCCAGAGUGACAGUGACGACAGUGACUUGGAAGUCUCUGAAAAUGAGGAAAUAGAUGAAGAUGUUGAUGAGUUGACGCAUUCUGCGUUCCGUCAGCUGAAGAAGAAAAAGGUUGACAAAGAGCAGCAUUUGACGCUCUUUCAGCGGAUACAACAGCAACGCAAGGGCAAGGCACUGCCGUCGAAACGCUCUAAACUCAAAGAAGCGCGUACGGCGCGAAAGGCCAUGAUGGGUAAGAAGGGGGACAGUGGUAACGCCGUUGUAGGAAAGAAGCGUGGCGCGGACGACGGUGACGGAGGAAGUUCUGUUGUUGUUGGUAAAUUUAACAAGAAGUUCAAGACGAAGAGCAGUCAAGGCGGCGGAAACAAGCGUCAGAAAAAACGAUAG